AGCAGUAGAGUCAGGGAUUUUCCACCAAUACUGUUUCUGCGAUGGGUUCAGAGAAACAUUAUUUUUCCAUUUUUUUCCUUUGUACAUCUUCUUCUUUUUGCCUUAAAUUGUAUCUCUCUGUCUUGGUGGUGUUUGUUUUGAGAGCCUGUGCCAACAAAGUAGAUGAGGAAGAUUAUGAGGACACGAUGUUAAAUAGGACAUGGGUCCUGGCACCAAAAGUCCAUGAAAGUGAUGUGACCGAUAUUCUGAACAACUUACUCAAAGGAUACGACAACAAACUUAGACCAGAUAUCGGAGUGAGGCCAACAAUGAUUGAAAGUGACAUCUAUGUGAACAGCAUUGGUCCAGUCGAUGCAAUAAAUAUGGAAUAUACAAUUGACAUAUUUUUUGCACAGUCCUGGUACGAUAGCCGACUGAAGUUUAAUGGUACAAUGAAAGUCCUUAUGCUAAAUAGCAACAUGGUUGGGAAAAUCUGGAUACCGGACACCUUUUUCCGAAACUCAAGGAAGUCAGAUGCUCAUUGGAUAACAACACCCAACCGGUUACUGCGGAUUGAGAAUGAUGGCAAAAUAUUGUAUACUCUGAGAUUAACCAUCAAUGCUGAAUGUUAUCUCCAGCUUCAUGAUUUUCCUAUGGAUCAUCACUCUUGCCCACUGGAAUUCUCAAGCUAUGGGUAUCCAAAAAAUGAAAUUGAGUAUCGCUGGAAGCACAAUUCUGUUGAGGUUGCUGACCAGAGGCAUUGGAGACUUUACCAGUUUGCAUUUGUUGGAUUGAGAAACAUCACUGAAGUAAUGCAUACACAGUCUGGAGACUAUGUCAUCAUGACAAUAUUCUUUGAUCUAAGUAGAAGAAUGGGCUACUUCACUAUUCAGACCUACAUACCUUGCUCACUUACAGUUGUCUUGUCAUGGGUUUCAUUUUGGAUCAAUAAAGAGGCUGUGCCAGCAAGAACAUCAUUAGGUAUUACUACAGUUCUAACUAUGACAACACUCAGUACGAUUUCCAGAAAAUCAUUGCCAAAGGUGUCCUAUGUGACUGCUAUGGAUCUCUUUGUGUCUGUUUGUUUCCUGUUCGUUUUCGCCGCCCUCAUGGAGUAUGGGACCCUACAUUAUUUUGGCAGCAAUAGAAAAAACACGAAAAAGAAGAAGCCACAAUCCAAACCAGCAAAAUCACCUGCCAUUAAUGUUCGUCCAGGAUCAACAUUAAUUCAGGUGAACAACAUUGCACAUCUACAAGAACAUGAUGACUACGGCUAUGAGUGCUUGGAUGGCAAAGACUGUAGCAGUUUCUUCUGCUGCUUCGAGGAAUGCCGUACAGGAGCAUGGAGGCAGGGCCGAAUACAUAUCCGUAUUACCAAAAUUGAUUCUUACUCUAGAAUAUUCUUCCCGACAGCAUUUGGUCUGUUCAAUCUGGUUUAUUGGAUUGCGUAUCUUUACCUGUAAAAAUAACAUUCAGUAGCAUAAGCAGAGGAUGAAUAAAUCGGCAGUGGUAGAAUUUUAGCCUAUAUAUUGUUUAAUUGUGUUGAAGUCAUAAAAAUGAAAUACUAUUUCACACUUUCCUAAGAAGAAAAAUAAUGUGAAAAAAAUCAAUUUUUAUCAUUAUUAUGUUUGAAUUAGUUGACAUGCUGCUAAGUAUGCAACUUACUUUGAAUUCUUGUGCCAUAUACAUAAAUCAUGCACAUUUUCAAAUAUUGAUAUUUUUCAAAAUGUACAUUUGAUAAAAUACAAACAUUUAUAUUCAUUUUAACACAUGCAUUUUUGUCAUAUGGCAGACAGCUGAUUGAUAGGUGACCCACAUUGCAUCUUGGGCAAAUCAACACAAUCAGUUACCAAGGACAAAUCCACAGAAAAUCCAAUCAAUCAUUCUUAAAUGAACAUUAAGUUUUGAAUACGAAAUGGAAUUAAAUAUAAUCUAAGCUGUAUCACAAAAUGUUAUCCGCUUUCAAGCCAAUUUUCUGCUCAUUUUAUUUAUUGUAGUUUAUCAAAGGUUGUGGUGUUUUUGAUCAAAACUAUAAAAGCAGCUGUUCUAUUAAACCGAGACAUUUUUUCUGUACUGUGCUGGGAUGUUUUUACUGAUGAUGUAUUGUCAUAUUAGUAAUCUUGCUCAGUACCUGCAGAAUCAAAAGUUCUGAAUAAUCUAUGUGAUUUCAGAUAAACUAUCACAUAAGAAAUAUAGAAUUCAACAUAAGUUAACUUAGGUCAUUAAUAAUGUGAUGUUAUCAUGAUUUUCUGAUCAUGUUUGUAUUUCAUAAAGACUAAGUGCACUUAACAUCAAUGUGAUCUUGGUCAGCAAGUUAUGAUACAAAGGGAGCAGCAAUUUUAAGGUGCUAUGAUUCUUAAAGGAACAUAUAUCCGACAAGCACCUGUUUUUUCUAAGCCCAGAGACACGCUGCCAGUCUUUCAUUAGAGUGGAUUCACAAUUCAAUUAGCAUAUGCACUUUGCAUCAAUAUAAAGCUGUUUCAACUUUCUAUCAAUGCAAACUGUAUGAUAGAUCACUAAUGAAGAUGUUAGGUCUUAUAACAUAAUCAUUUCCUUCAGUUUAGCAGCUUUGGAAAGUUCCAUUUAUAAAGUGCACAGGAAAUACUGCUCAUCAUGUUAUCCACCCAUGCUCUAUCCCAUUCUGUGGUUGGUAACCAAAAAGGCCAAGCUGCAGAUGAAAGUAACAAUUUAAUUUUGGAAUGAAAUAAAAACAACUACAGAAAAUUAAACAUCUUCAUAACCUCAAUUAAACAACAAUAUCUAGAGGCACAGUACAAAGCAGAUAUUGGCUUUUUAUAUCUAAUAAGAUCUCUGGUGUUGUUCAUUUUUGGUUGUCAAACUAAAGGAAGUAAGCAAUAAUAAAUUAAGACAUGUUUUCUUUUCAUAUAAAAUAUACACAGUGUGGAUUAAAGCAAAUUAUUUCACUGUUAACCAAAACACCCAGAUUAAAUAAUAUUACAAUUAUACAGUAUAGACGCAUUUACUAUUUAAACUCAAUAUAAGAUCCAAAAAUUAAGUUACCGAUUUUUCAUAAUCAUUAAUAUGGAUAUUUCAACCAACAUGCAGUACAUGCUGAGCUUUGACAAUAGGAUAAAUGUCAUUAGAAUUUUCUACAGCAAAUGUUAUAUUUUACUAUACAAGUUUUAUCACCAGCUUUUUAGUUUCUUCCAGCUUUCAUCUUUGCUUGAGCAUUCAUAACAUCAGAAAAUGGUAUGAGUUAUUUUAGAGAGAAUGAAGCAAAAAUGGUAUCUGAUUAAAGAGUGUUGCCAGUUCACAUGUAUUCACAGCGCUCCUGAUUUACCCAUUGCUAAACUUAUCAUAAAGCCAAAUAUAUUUUAACUAUAUGCACAAUAGCUUGACCUAAUACAAGUUCUUCGCUAAAAUAAGCAAAGGGAGCAGAACUUAAACCCCAAUCAUAGAACUAGAAAGACAGACUUAGCCCUUCUUUUAACUUAGUUAAAGUUAAGCAGUUACUCAUGGCACAGAUCAUCAUUCUAUUCUUCCAGCAAAAUGACUGAUUAAGAAAUUCUCUCUGUUGAAGCUGAAAUGGGAACAUUUACCUAAAUACUUGAUAAAUACUAUUUCGAAGUUGUGGUGAUUGAUUUACAAUACAUACCCUUACCCAUAACGUCGUGAUUGCUUUAGGCUUUUUUUUACAGGUACCUGGUAUGCAGCUGCUGAGUUGAUCAGCGGAUGUGGUGUAAUUUGCAAAGAGGAAGCUUCAAGAAGAGGAUAUUGAUUGAUUUCUUACUGUUUUAUUCAUGUCAGCUUAGGUUUAGAGUUGUAGUUCAUUUGGUUAAAAUAAGAUGUCUU